ACAAAUAGGCAUCAAACACAACACAAGUCAUUGGUAUCCUAAAGUAUUAGUUAGAUUCUUCUAAAUUUUUGUGAUCUUUGCUUUCUUGAGUUUGUUCUUCACCUUCAAACAAUCACCAAAAAUGGGUUUCCGCUUAAAUGUUAUUCGACAGGCAUCAUUUGCGACUAGCCAAGCAGCAUCAAAAUCAGCAGGAGUUCCAAAGGGCUAUGUUGCAGUAUAUGUCGGAGAGAAACAGACGCGGUUUGUGAUCCCAAUAUCAUACUUAAACCAACCAUUGUUUCAAGAAUUGCUACAUCAAGCGGAAGAAGAAUUUGGAUAUGAUCAUCCCAUGGGUGGACUCACCAUUCCUUGCACUGAAGAUGUCUUUCAACACAUAACUUCUUGCUUGAAUGAGCCAUAAAUCUGACACUUUAGCAUACUGACAGAUUAUAGAGAAAUUUUGUACCAUACAAAUUUUUUAACUUGUAAAAAUUAUACCUUUUUAUUGGAAACAUCGAAAAAUACUUAUCUGAAUUAAAAGAAAAACAACUUUCAUA